UACAGCCUUUUGUUUGGCUGCAAUUUCUGGAAACCUGAAAAUAGCUGAAAUACUGUUUGGCAAGAAUCCAAAGUUGUUAUGUAUGAGAGGGCACAAUGAUAUGCUGCCAAUUCAAUUAGCAUCUUCUGCAGGGCAUAUUCCCAUGACAGAAUUUUUAUUUCAAGCUACAGAUGACCUACACAAUAUUCUACCCUUCCCAGACAUCGUGAAGCUAUUUUUCAUGACCAUCACCAACAACAUUUUCACCGUGACAUCAAAGUUGUUGGAUCGCUAUCCAAAAUUGGUUACCAUUGAAAACGAAGAGGGAUUGACAACUUUGCAAAUGCUUGCUCAAUUUUCCUGGUGCAAGGAAACUGUUGGUCAUCAAGAUAUUAUAAAUUCGUUGUUUAAGGGAAUGGAAGAAGAGAAAGAGGCUCUCAACUCUGAACAAUUGUCAAAAGCAUUGUUCGAUGCAGCAAAAUCAGGAAACAUUAUGAUUCUAGAACGUCUUUUUAUGUACCAUCCAGAUUUGCUUUUUGAAGUGGAUUCCACAGAGCAAAGAAGCUUACUUCACAUUGCUAUUCUAUAUCGACAAGAAACUGUAUACCGACUAAUAUUAAGCAAGGGGGCUUCCAAGAAUGUUAUGAUGCAGUUGAUUGAUUUUGAGGGGAACAAUGUUCUUCACUUAGCUGGAAAGUUGGCACCUGAAGAAAGAUUCGCAUUAUCAACAAACCAUGUUAUCAUGCGUUGUGAAGAGAAAUGGUUUAAGGAAGUGGAGAAAAUAGUUCCAGGUGCAAUGAAAAGAAUGAGAAAUAAAGAUGGUUUGACUCCUAAAGAAUUAUUCUAUUGGUCGCACAAAGGGUUGCACAAAGAAUCAGAAUCUGAAGUGAAAGUUACAGCAAAUACUUUAGUAGUGGUAGCAACUCUUGUGAUCACCUUAGGGAUCACCGCAGUUUUGACCCUUCCCGUUAAGGAUAUUGAGAGUAAAGAUACUCCUAUUUUUGGGAGGAAGACAUGGUAUACGUUAUUUUAUCUAUCAAUUACAUCUGGAACAUGCUUAUGUGCGGCAUCUAUGUUCUGCUAUGCUUCAGUUAUUCUUCCUUCAAGUUGGGAACCAAAAGAAGAGUCUGUGUUCUCGCGGCAAACAAAGUUGAUAUUUGGGAAUGGGACACUUUUUGGGUCCAUUGCACUCAUGUUUUCUUCUAUUGGUUCUGGUUCCAUAUUGAUAUUUGACUUCAUCUCCAAUUGGAUCCUUUUUUCCAUUUCUGGACUUGGUUGUAUCGUAUUGCUUUUGCAUUUUGCACUUGACCAUAAACGAUGGGAUAGCUCUCUGCGCUUUGUGCUAUCCUUUUUCGUGCUACCUCCGGAGAAGCGACCAAGAUUGUUAUGGCCAAUCCAUAACAUCUAUGAAGCCUGCCACCCUUUGCCAAAGGAAAAAAAGAAAAAAAACAAGAACUUCAAUUAGUUAGAAUUAAACUAAAAUACAAGGUUGUGCUCAAGAGCUCUGGCUGUUUUUAUAUAAGAUGGGUAGUUUGUUUCUUAUUUUAAGACAGUAGUUUGUUGUGCAUGUGAUUCGUUUUCAUAUUAUGUACACCUUUUAUUCUUUUCACAUUUACAUCUUUCCUCGAUUGACCAA